AUGGAAGAAGAGAAAUCUGACGCAGAAGAAGAUAAUGAAACCAAAAAAGAAAGUGAACCCAUGGAAGCCGAAGCAGCCCCUACCUCCAGGCCUUCACCUCCAAGUCCUUACAGGGGUAUUCUAAAGAGGGUCGGGAAAACCUGUCAGACCGCUAGAAAAACCACUCUUAACCACAAGGGAAUUCAGAAGCACGGUUAUGCGCUAUCUGAGAGUAUGAGGAAGAACUUAAGAAGUCCAUCUUGGUUGAAUGCGUUUGCUGAAGAUAGAAUUUCGGGUGGGAGAAUCACCACCCGAUACGAAGACGGGUAG